AUGGAUUUCUUCUCCGACUCCAGCUCUUCCGCUGGCGGUGAUCAGACCACCAACCCCUUCACCUCCCCUCCUCCUCCUCCUCCUCCUCCCCCUUCCCUGCCACCGAUCCAGCCCUUGCCUGCCUCUUCCCUUCUCCACCUCCCCAUUCGUUCCCUCGUCCCCGACGUCCUCGAUCUCGAGAAGGGGAACUACAUUCGCUGGAGCCGCUUUUUUCAGUCCGUCUUCCGACAGUUCGGCCUCCGCGAUCACGUCAACGGUAGCGUGCUCGCCUCGGAUCGCCUCCAGGACGCCAAGUGGAUGCAGAGCGAUUUCUGCAUCGUCUCCUGGCUCUACUCCACCAUCACCCAGGAGAUUCUCGACAUCGUCAUGCAGCCGGACGACACUGCGCUUCACCUCUGGAGCGCCCUCGCCGACCUGUUCCUCGACAACAGUCUAUAG